AUGAUCGCUAUUGCUAUUAUUUGUCUAGCAAUUAUUGCUAGUACCUCUUCUCAGCCCGUAUCUCCUAAAUCAAGAUACAAUGGACCAGCUGCAAGUCUUUUCGACUCCCCGGAAUUUAAAAGAUACUUAACGUCGAAUGGAUUGAAACCACUGGACAAUUUCAACCCUGCUGAAAAUCCAACCCAAGAAAAACCCAACCCAUCUCAAAUUUUAGACAGCUUACAAAAAAGAUUUAACGCUUCCCGAGACGAACUGUAUCAAUCUGUCGAUAGUUACUUAGUGGGAAUAUUAAGGGAAUUUAAGGAAUAUGUUAUUAACUUCCUGGGAAAUACUAGCUCGUAUGUGGAGCAAAAUCAAUAUGAUUUAGGCAACGCGACGCUCAGAGCAGUCGACCAAGCACUUCAAGCUAAAUAUGCUUCUUUCGUCUCUAACUUGAUGCUUGCUACUGACAACGCUGUCGAGGACUACAACACAAAAACUGCGACUAUUACUCAAAAAUUGGAACGUAAAUUGGCGGAGUUGAACGGAAGAGCAGAGGUCGCUUUAGGAGGAGGAAACAACGGUGUCUCUCAAAAACCGACAAAUAAUGGACCCGACGUGCUUACUGAUCUUAAUGGUAACAAGAUAAAUUUGCUUGGUGAAGGCGAAAGUAAACUCCGUUUACCUGAUGUAUAA